AUGAAACAUUCGGGACAUAAAUUACUUGGAUUCCUUCUUUCCUUUGAAUAUAUCAUCUAUCUAGCACAUCUUGAUUUUCUUCUCGAUACAAUUCGAUGCUGGCACCUGAUCCUACAAAGAUUCAACGUGAAAACUGACUCAUCAGAAAAUACGAGCGUUUAUGAGACGAUGGAAUUUCGUGUUCUCCAGGGCCCAGAGAAAUUGCGGCAAGUCACUAAGCUCCUGGAAACGCUUGAAAAUGAUUUGAGUACCAAGUCCUUGAAUUCUGCACAGCGCACGCAGACCUUGCUUCAGCUGCGGCAGCAUGGCACUAACCCAGACAAUGCGGGACCUAUAUAUUCAAAACGGGGCAUCGACAUCUUAUCAAAAUAUGGUGUCGAUGGAGAGUCAACAGACGUGCGGCGCGCUGCGCUGCGAUGUGUCGCGAACGCCCUUCUUCUAGAUUCAAAUAUGCGCCAGCUGUUCGUGGACACUGGCCGAGGUGGCAAGCUGGCUGAGAUGCUCAAGGUAUGCGCGUGA